GCACGCCGACAUUUUCUGUUGUACCAGCGAUCUGCAGACAACCUGCAUGGAUCAUUUGGAUCUGGGCAGCCUGCCCGCCAGCGACAGCGAGAAUGAGGUCGAGGCCGCGAAGCCAGUCUCGGACGAUAGCUGCGACAGCGAGGCUGAGAAGUCUGAUGGCGAGCACGGUCCGACAUGCCAUUGCUUAGGGUGCAAGGCGGCAAGCACCAGUGAGUGCCCUGUGGCCAAGAGCAAGGGCACAACGACCAGGAUCAUCUGGGCCAGGUACAAGACCAGGCCGAUCAAGGGGAAGAAGGGCAAGGUCAUCAAGAGAGUCAAGAUCCCGUCCGGGGCGUGGUGCCGGAACUGCUACAACUUCUGGAGGACGCAGUUCAAGGGCGAGCUCAAGAACCUCGAGGAUUGGGAGGAGGCAGUGGUCAAGGUUCCUGCGAGGAAGAAGAAAUGGAACAAGAUGAGGUCCAACUACAUGGCUUUGAAAUGCGGCGGAACAGUUCGCGUCCGGAGCGCUGCCAAGAAGAAGAAAGUCGUCCAGCAGCAGAGGUCCGUCGACCAGCUGGUUGACUCGGGUCUGAAGUUCUACUUGCCAAAGGCCUACAAGAAGAAGUACGGGUGCCCGAAGGAGAACAAGGCGAAGUUGGAGACCAGGUACCUCAAGAACGGCCAGAAGAUUGAGGGCUACGUGGUCAGGGAGGGGGACGAGGGCGUCUUCGAUCUCAACCAGAUCUCGGAGUCGAGCAUCGCGAUGGACACCGCGAUCCUGGGCGAGGGCGAGGCCUUGCACGACGAACACUGCGAGGAUGCUUUCGCUGCUGCGCAGGCUGAGCAUGCGAACAACACCGCUGUCCAGGCCAUGACGGCGGAACAGACGCAGGAGGCCGCUCGUCUGGCAAGGGUGAGGGCAGCGGAGCGCCAGGCAAAGGCACAGGCUGUGGCUACUGAGCACGUGCCGUUGGAGGACGAGGACUCCGGCGAUGGCGAGUCGGCAAAAGAUGGCGAGAGCGACGACGAAGAAGAAGAUGCGUCUUUCUCAGAAUCGGGCUUAGACGCGGACUCGAGCGAAGAUGAGGCCGCCAUCCAAGACAAGAAGAAGCGGCUCAGGAGCAAACAGCAGGGUUAUCAGUACGAGACGCCACAGGUGAAGAAGGCGAAGACAGGGCCAUCAAGCGUUUUCAGCAAGGCAUCGUCGUGUAAGUCUGGUUCAAAGGGAUCGUCCGGUUCAAAAGUCAAACGUGAUGCGGAGGUCAGUGAGAUGGACGCCGACUCAACGAAGGCUGCCGAGAAGGUGAUGCAGCCCGUGCUUGCCGACCUCCAGUCCUUUGUGGAUUCCAAGUGGGCGCCCUUGGCACCGCGCGCUUUGUCCGCGCAGAUCAAGACAUUCCAAGAGGCAACCAACGCAUGCGGGCGGUUCCUCAAGGCUGCGGGGAAGCUGGCGCUGCCCCAGAAGGUUGCCAACCUGCCGAAGGUGACCGAAGCUGCCAUGACCGUGAUCUCUUUCAACCGCUCAUGGUCGAAGUUCUCUGGGAUGGACAACGUCGCCGCUGCAACGACGGUGAAGGCUCUCGGCGACAAGCUCCAGACCUUGGACAUGCACGUGCCUGCUUACGUCCUGAAGGCGCUCUUGAACAAGCAAGCCGCGGACCUCGACUUCAAUGGCCAACUGGAGAUGAUGAAUGCCGACAGUGAGGAUUCCAUCUUGGCCAAGUUGCCAGAGGGAGAGAGGGCAUCGACAUGCCAGACCAUCUUGCUGAAGACGAUCGGCAAUUACAUCGACAAGGACGUCAAGCUGCAGAAGGAGCCAGAGGACGCGAAGACCAGCUUCAGGACAAUGGUCUACACCAUUAUCCACCACGAGCAGCACCUGCCGAAGCAACUCGUAGAUGACAUGAAGGCGCUCGAGGUGCACUUCCAGCAGAACCAGGUCGACGCAGCUAUUAUCAAGCAAGCAGUGGCUCGCGUGACCCAGAAGAAGGACCAGUCGCACUACCUCGCCAUGAUCAAGAAGAAGAACCUCCAGGUUUUCGCAGACAUCACGAAAGGUCUCUCUGAUCAGCUCCGGGGUCUGCAAGAGAUGGAGGUCAAGCAGCAGGCGGUCACUGAUUUGACCAAGAGCCUGAAGGAGAUCCAAGAACCGACGGGGGACCCGAUGCAGCUCAAGCUAAUGGUGGCCAAGCUGAAGGUUAUCGCCAACAAGUGCAAGAGUAUCGAUUGGACUCAGGCGUCUGAGCAGAGCUUCGACGGCUUGCGCGAGGCCCUGGGACUGGCCAUAGACAGGGCCGUCGCUUCGAUCCUCUUCAAAAUACCGUCAGAUGUGCUGGCCCGCACGACUAGGGACAAGGAGAACGGCAACAAGACCGAGUACGAGGUGAUGUUCGAGCUGGUCCAACGCGAUUUACAAAUCUUGGGCAAGUGCAUUGCCGUUUUCAACACAGAGACUGCUAAAGCUACCCAGGUCGAGAAUCGUUAUGAGUUCGGCUGCGUGGUAAGCGACAUGGACACCCUACUAUCGCUCACCAACAACUUCGAUAUCAAAGGAGCCCUGGAGAACAUGGCGAUCGAUAAUAUCUCGUCCAUCAUCAGCAAGCAGGGGGCCCACGAGCUCGUCCACCUGUCCCAGUGCAUAGUGAAAUUACGUGAGACCCCGACGGUGCGAAAGGAAUACACUGACCGCCUAGUCGACAUGAUCAAGGCGAAGGGGCUCGGCACAGACGACUUCCUCUUCGGCACGUUCUUCGCUAGCUUGGACGAUUUGGUCGCAAUUGUUGGUGCGCCCCUGUGCCAUUGCUUGCAGGUCCUCUGCGAGGGGAGCGUCGAAACAAAGGAGACGCUGGCAAUUGAUAUUGGAGAUCAGGAGCUGCAACAAUUGCAGGUGAGCAUGUCAGGAAAUCUGGUGGACGUCUCUGGCAUAAAGCAGCGCGUGAUCCAGGUCGAGUUCCAGAGCGUUGCGAAGACCUUGGACAGUAAGCUAAUGCUUGCGGAGGCAUACAAGUCCAUGUGCAACUACCUCAACAUGCCAGCGGUGUCUGGCGCCACCUUGGACUUGCUGAAGAGCGACGUGCCCUUCAAGCUGAAGCUGAUCCCGGCGCUUCGCGGCAUCUUCACCUUGGACGAGCUGGCGAAGACCGACGGCCCGAUGAUCAAUGUGUUCAAGAAAUUCGCCGAGGUGGCACCAGAAUUGGAGGACCUGGAAAAGUUCCUGAAGGCCAAUCGUGACGGCUCGGUUCAGAAGACUACUGCUGACCACCUCGUGACGAUCUUGGGCCAGUACCGCUCUUGCUCGAAGGCGCAGAUGCUCAAGCACAUGCAAAGCAUUUCAGAGACGCUCCGCAAGCACGCUCAGACGAUCCCAGACAAUCUCGUCGACUUCAAGCCUGCGUUGAAGAACAUGGACGACGCCAGCGUGAAAGCCGUGAUCCAGAUGGAAGGGCGCCAGCCUCUCAUCACGGCCAUCAAAGCAAUGACGCAGAACCAUGGAAUGUGGAAACAUUUGGCGAGUACAAUUUCUGGCCUCAUCGACUUGCGCGACCUCGAGGAGCAGGUCCAGAAGGACUUGCAGCUUCGCGAGAGCGCUCGCACCAUGAUCGCAGUUCGCAGCGGCUUGAGCAUCAUCGCUGAGGGUGACGGGACACUGGUCAAGCCUUACUUUGCAGAGAUGAAGUCGGCGAAGGCGAGCAUCCCAGCCAGGCUCCGCAAGGAGCUCGACAAGCUCGCGUCGUCUGCUGGCGAGGACGCCGGCGAGGGUGAGGACGCAGGCGACGACGCAGAGCAGGCUGCGUGCGCCGACGUGGACAUUGAGCAGGACGACUAG